CGGAAGUGUUUGGAGCGUUUGCGUAAGCUAGGUCACAUUGGUUGAGUUGUUUAAUGUUUUGAGAAACGCCAUCGCAAUGGAAGCAGCCCGAACUGAGGAGGUCCAUCUGAGGCAUGUGGAGAAAGAUGUCCUCGUCCCCAAAAUGAUGAGGGAGAAAGCCAAGGUGCUCUGUUCUGAGAAAGUAGAAGCCUUCAACCACUGUUGCAAAGAAUCCAGUUUCCUCAUGGUGUUCAAGUGUCGAGAAGAGAAUUCACAGAUGAAGGAUUGUCUGACACAAUACUAUAGGGAUCCUGCCUUCUACGAGGAGUGUAAGCAGGAAUACAUCAAAGAGAAACUGGAGUUUCAGAGGACGGGGAUCCCAAGCAAGGACAGGAAACAAAAACUCCCAACCAGCAUGUAACAGACAGAUGAUACUUCAAUAACUUGGCUCACACGGUGUGGAGCAGGAGGCUUAGUCCAGAGCAAGUUUCAAGUCAUGCAGGAUAAAUGCAGGCGAUCUGGCAGAGUUUAUUACUAAUGAAUAAACACGCCUGUUGCACUUAUGGGUUUAAGUCUGUGGGGUGUCUGACGGAAACCUACUUGUGUUUUCAAGAGUGGUUAUUUAAUCAAAAACAAUGCAUAUUUUUAAAUAUUCUGCAACUUUUCAAAGCAUUGUCCAUCAGAAGACUGCAAAUGUCACAUUCAAAUGAUCUUCACUUCAUCUUAUCAGCAGUGUAAUCAAAGCAGGAAUAUACAAUCUUCCUAACAUGACAUUUACUGAUCAUGGAACAGUGACCUCCUGUAGCUGUACCUGAGAGAUCUUCAUGAGAGUGUAGUGCUUUCACUUAGGAGGUGUGCAGUUAUAAAUGGUGUCAUUAAAUUGUUCAUGCAAUGAUGAGUGCAGUAAUGAUGAGUGUACUUUGUUGCUAAUGCCUGGCUCCACAGCUUGGACCAUUGUCUGCAGAAGAAAGAGUACAUUAACAUAUAAAGAACCUGAAAAUAAUGUUAUAAAAAUGUGUACACUGUAUGUAAGAAUCCUCUAACCAAGCAGAAACAUGUGUGACACAUCCAAAUAAAUGUGUAAAAUUCUAUGAAACAUGAAAUGCUUAUGAAUGCACUAUUCUUUAGAUAAACUUUGGUUUCUUUUUUCCAGUAAAUAUGUGACAUGAAUGAUGUAUUUCUGUUGUGUUCUUUUUGCUGUGAAUGUGUCACAAUAGCUUUCACAUCCAGGCAUCUUUGAUUUGAAUGAGCCUGCAGUGCAUUGUGCACUUUGUUUCACCUGCAGUGAAUUUGAAAGUGGAUAGUCACUGCAAUACUUUUCUGA